ACCGAAAGCUUUCAAAAAAAAGCGCAGAAGGGAAGAGAUGUUCUCAAGAUCGUCUUCUCCCGCUCUCGCGCUCCAUUUGUCGAGAGCGAACAUGUCCGGUUCGAGCGAACGGCGACAUCAACAGCCGCCGCCAACGGCGGCGACGGCGCAGGACUCCGACGACCGACUGAAGCUCGCCGUCGCCAUCUCUCUCCUGCGCUCCAAGUUCCUGAAGAACCGCACAUCUCCUCCUCCUCCUCCUGAAUCCGACGUUCUACGAUGGAAGCGAAAGGCGAAGGAGCGAAAGCAGGAGCUGCUGAGGCUCAGGGAGGAUCUCAAGGAAGCAGAAGAAGCGUCGCGCGCCGCUGCGUUUCCGCAGGUCGCGUCCUGCAAGUGCUACUUCUUCAACGACUUGGGGAAGCUGAGCCCCGACCGGCGGCCCGGAGACGGCUCCGAUCACCGAUUCUGCGAUGUUCUUCGCCGGAGAUUUCUCAGGCAAGUGCGAUACCGGGAAAGUAAGAGGAAAAGAGAUGAUCAGCAUCAGCGCCGGCAUCUAUCAGACGUAACAACCAUAGAUGAAGUGGAGCAUCUUUGUGCUGCUGCUGAUUUUCUCGUGGAGCUACUUGAUGCUGUUUCAUCUGUUGAGGAAGAUAAUUUUGCUAACUGGUCACAUCAAGCUGUAGACUUCAUACUAGCUUCAUUGAAGAAUCUAUUAUCAGUGAAAGAGAACAUGGAAAGCAUUGAAGGUAUUGUCAACAGUUUGAUAUUGCGUUUGGUUAGAAGGAUGACCUCUCUUUCAGGAAGAGAUGGUGGGCGGGAUGACAUUGGCAAUGAUGUGCAGUUCUAUGUUCAGCAUUUGAUUCGGAAACUAGGAAAGGCGGUCUACCUAGGACAAAGAGCAUCAGUCGCAGUUUCUCAAAAGAUUCCCGUUGUGGCAGAAAGUAUACUUUUUUCAGAUCCUUUUGAUGAUAAAUUUCCAGACAUGCAUCAGUAUAUGUUCAUCUUAAUUCAACUUCUCGAAUUCUUGGUAUCCGAUUACUUGCUGACAUGGUCAAGGGAUGAAAAUUUUGACCAAUUGUUGUUUGAAGAGUGGUUGACAUCAAUUAUCCACGCCCGGAAGGCGCUGGGAGUUUUGGAAAGCAGCAAUGGUCUCUACAUGCUCUACAUGGAUCGGGUGGUCGGAGAAUUGGCUAGACAAUUGGGUCAGAUUUCGUCAAACCACAAGCUGAAUCCAGAUGUUCUCAGCAACCUAUUUCUCUGACUGCAUCUUGCAUCAUACUGUUGUCACCAUCAACGCGUGUGCUUUGCUCAUAUUAUACUUCUCUGUUGUCGACGACUGAUGUGGAGCUUUCAUCGAUCAAGGUAAGCAUCGAACCGCCGGUCACUCGACUACUGUUAACGUGUGCACGGUUAAUUAGUCUCAACUUAACCAAUCACGAUUUGUGAUAGCACUGCUCUUCCCCCAACAUAAAAGCUGUCUGCUUUUUCUUUUUAAUAUAUAUACACGCGCGCGCAUAAAAGUCCAAAGUAUUCUAUCAUUAGAUUUCUCACAUAUGUGUGCAUUCGAAGAUGGAAUACGCCAAACACUCUUAUCAUGAAGCAAAAAUGUUGUUCGGUUUCAAA